AUGGACGGCCCAAAGGAGAAGGCGAUAGGGAGACGGAGAGAUCAGAGGAAGAAAAGCACCGAAGAGAGGUGGGAAAUACAAGAUCGCCUGGGUGGAAGGCCACGAGCCAGGGCAGGCGGGGAAAACCGGGAGUCCGGGGACAAAGAGAACAGGGAGAAAAACAGGACAGCAGGGGAGCGGGAGGGCCGGUGGGGUCGACCUGUGCCCUACGGGAGGAAGCCUACAGGGCCGACACACACCCAGCCGGAAGGGAGGUCCUGCCAGACGGACGGACUGACGGAAGGGAGUCCGAGAGGAGAGUCCGACCCGACUGCGUCCCUCCCAACCCCCUCUGCCGCGACCCAGGGCCCGCCGGACGCUGCGGGCGACCGAGGCGGGGCCGCGCCGGCCCGGCCCCUCCCCUCGGUGGUGACUGCGCGCUCCCGCCGCCCCGAUGGCCCGCCCCGCCGCGCCGGGCGCGCGCUCCCCUCCCCACCCCCAACCCCCUGGCGCGGGGUCGCUGACGCCCUCGCGCGCUCCCGCCUCCUGCCUCCGGCCCCGUCGCCCGCGUCCGGCCGCCACCGGGCCUCGGGCUCCUUCUCCUCCCUAGGUCUUUCCCUUCGCGCGACCUCCUCACCGAGCUUUUUCCUCCGGCCUCGGCGCCGCCGUUUGUGCCAGCCGCCCUGCGCUUCACAGCGCGCCAUACCCCGCCCCCCACCGCCCGCGACGCCCCGCCCCCGCCUCGCCCGGCAGGCACGUGACAGCGGCCCUACCGAGGAGACUGCGCGUGCGCGAAACGCGCAGUGA